AUGGAGGAAAAUUUGAUAAACAUGAGGGAAGACCAUUCUUUUCAUGUUCGUUACAGGAGGAUGGUGGGAGAAGCAAGAGCACUUUACAAUCUUGGAAAUGUGUAUCAUGCCAAAGGGAAAAGUUUUGGCUGCCCUGGUCCCCAGGAUGGAGGAGAAUUUCCAGAAGAAAUGAGAAAUGCUCUGCAGGCAGCUGUGGAUUUUUACGAGGAAAACCUAUCACUAGUGACCGCUUUGGGUGACCGAGCAGCCCAAGGACGUGCCUUUGGAAAUCUUGGAAACACACAUUACCUCCUUGGAAACUUCAGGGAUGCGGUGAUAGCACAUGAGCAGCGUCUCCUUAUUGCAAAAGAAUUUGGAGAUAAAGCAGCUGAAAGAAGAGCAUAUAGCAACCUUGGGAAUGCAUAUAUAUUUCUUGGUGAAUUUGAAACUGCCUCUGAAUACUACAAAAUGGAAGCUUCUUGCCUAGAGCUGGCCUUGGAAGGGGAACGUCUGUGUAAAUCAGGAGACUGCCGCGCAGGCGUGUCAUUCUUUGAAGCUGCAGUUCAAGUUGGAACUGAAGACCUAAAAACACUUAGUGCUAUUUACAGCCAGCUGGGCAAUGCGUAUUUCUAUUUGCAUGAUUAUGCCAAAGCAUUAGAAUACCACCAUCAUGAUUUAACUCUUGCAAGGACUAUUGGAGACCAGUUGGGGGAAGCCAAAGCUAGUGGUAAUCUGGGAAACACCUUAAAAGUUCUUGGGAAUUUUGAUGAAGCUAUCGUUUGUUGUCAGCGACACCUAGAUAUUUCCAGAGAGCUUAAUGACAAGAAAAUCAGUGCAGAUACUAUUGGAGAUGAAGGGUUCUUUGACCUACUAAGCCGAUUUCAAAGCAAUAGGAUGGAUGAUCAGAGAUGUUACUUACAAGAAAAGAACUGUCAUAUAGCUUCAACAGCAACUUCUUCUACUCCUCCCAAAAUGAUGCUAAAAACACCAUCUGUUUCUGUAGUAUCCCCCAACACGGAUGAGUUUUUAGAUCUUCUUGCCAGCUCACAGAGCCGCCGUCUGGAUGACCAGAGGGCCAGUUUUAAUAAUUUGCCAGGUCUUCGUCUAACACAAAACAACAAUCAGUCAGUACUCAGCCACCUAAUGACGAAUGACAACAAAGAGCCUGAUGAAGACUUCUUUGACAUCCUUAUAAAAUGUCAAGGAUCCAGAUUAGAUGAUCAAAGAUGUGCUCCACCACCUGCCACCACAAAGGGUCCAACAGUACCAGAUGAAGACUUUUUUAGCCUUAUUUUACGCUCUCAGGCAAAAAGAAUGGAUGAACAGAGAGUUCUUUUACAAAGAGAUCAAAACAGAGACACUGAAUUUGGGCUAAAGGACCUUUUGCAAAGCAAUGCUUUGUUGGAAUUUAAAAAUUCAGGAAAAAAUCAGCAAACCACUAGUUAA